CCACUUAUUCCAGUUCUCAUAUACAGUCAGUGGUUCAUUGGAGUGUUUUAAGAAGUGAUCAAACAAACACAGGGAAUCACCCGUUCUUGCGUCCCAUGGGCUCUCUAACAUCGUUUCCCGCCUGUCCCAGGAACGUCCUGGAGGGCUGGGGCUCAGGAACCGGAGGUGCUGGAGUUGCGGGGGCUCUCCUUUAUUCAGGCCUCAUCCAAGCUGGCCUGUCUCCCCGGGUGACCGUGCUGGUUAUGCUGGUGGUCCCAUUUUCCAUGCUCAUCAGCUACUGGUGCCUGCUGGUUCCUCCACCUUCACUGCCUCAGUGGAGCAGGAAGGAGGUCCCAUAUGCAGCUUUGGGCUCAGAGGAGGAUCAAGUGGAGGAGUCAGAGGAGGAGGAGGAGUCAGAGGAGGAGGAGGAGUCAGAGGAGGAGGAGGAGAGAUCACCAGCAGUGGACAGAAGCUCGGGAUCGUUCAUCUGCAGGGAGAAGAUGCAGGUCAUCAAGGGCUUGUUGAAGUUCAUGUUUCCACUGGGGCUGGUCUACUUCGCUGAGUACUUCAUCAACCAGGGUUUGAUGGAACUCCUGUUUUUUCCAAACUUUUUCCUCUCUCAUGCUGAUCAGUAUCGCUGGUACCAGACGACGUACCAGUUCGGCGUGUUUUUUUCUCGAUCCUCUCUUCGCUGUGUGAAGAUCCGCCGACUCUGGAUCCUCACUUCCCUGCAGUGGCUGAAUGCAGGAUUUCUGCUGCUGGCUGUGAGGUUCCAGUUCCUGCCAAACGCCUGGCUGGUGUUCGUCAUCAUCUUCUACGAGGGUCUGCUGGGGGGAGCUGCUUAUGUCAACACAUUCCACUUCAUCAGCAAGGAGACUGAAAGCAGACACAGAGAGUUCGCCAUGGCAGCUGCCAGCGUGGGAGACAGCUUUGGCAUAGCGCUGGCUGCAUGUGCAGCUUUUUUUGUCCACAGAUACUUCUGUUCUCUGUGAUGGAGCAGAACGGCCAACGAUCAGAAUGUGGGAGAAGAAAUACACCUCCACAAACAUGAGGACUUCUUAAAGUGGUUUAACCAACCAGAACUGUGAGAGAAGCAGAAACCACCGCAGACAACAGACCCUUUUCACUUCUGGUUUACAGCUUUAGAGCGGCAAAGCUGACAGCUGAACGAUGUUCAACACAGUUUUACAUCAAUAAUGAAAGGUAACCUAACCUGUUUCAACAGAAAAAUGUACAAUAUUUAUUUUAUGAAUGUCCUGCUGAAUUGUAUUUUCCUUUCCUGUCUUGGAUCGUUUACAAAUCUAAAUACAAAUUUGAAUAAUCCUUCAUUUGAGGUUCUUUUGAAAAUAUUGACCUUUCAUUUGAGCAGAUAUUAUUCUAAUGGUUUCUAUUUUGCUUGAUUUAAUUCAUACAUCAAAAACUGAUAGAAAUUCAUGCUGACCACCUGUAAGCCACAUCUCCAGCUCAGCAUUUUGACUGGCAGGUGACCAUCAAAUGGUCAUUUUUAGAGCAGCCUGGGGGUGUGGUGGAACCAACGCUCAGACCUGUUUAUUCUGACUGUUUACUUCUUUUCAGUAGUAACAUCAGAACUGCAGUCUAAAGAAAUGUGUCUGUCUGGGUAAAAGUCAAUUCUGGUGUUUGGGGAAAGUCAUGACUGCUGUAAUCAUUGACCUGGUUUAACAGGUGUUCUUUAAGGUUAUAAUCACUGUAUUUAACAUGCUUUUUUAAGGUUUCUUUUCUUUCUUAAAAACGAGUAAUGCUAAUCACAGACUACAAAUGUAACUGCUAGAUAUUGUGAUUUUUAUUAAACAUUGAAAGUUUUAUUUA